AUUUCCCUCAGUGCUCUGCUUCCAUGGUGGCUCAGCCCCUCUUUUCCGUGGAUUUGGGGGUGGGAGAAGCGGGGGAGCGCCAGCACUGGGCCUCGCGGCGUUUUGGGAGCACUGCGGGGCUGUCACGGUGUGGGGUGGGGGUGAGGACCGGAGGGGCGCUGGGAGUAGUGGGCGCUACAGGUUCUGCUUUGCUCCUCCUGUCCACCAGGGGGCGCCCGCUUCCGGAGCCUUCCCAGCGCCCAGGCUGUGGCCACGCCCCUUCUCCCCGGCCGCUCUGCCUAUUGGUUUUUCUCACUGUCCAUCAAGCUCUGUAGCCCCACACCUUCCCGCCUACAAGCUAUUUUCUCACUUCCCAUUGGUUCCGGCAGCUUCACAUAGUGUGGCCAAGCCCGGCCCUUUUCCCCGCCCCCCGCGAGCCCUCAUUGGUCUUGCGUGACGUCACCACGGCCUCCUCGCUGCGCCCAUUGGGCACGUGCCUGUCCGUCACGCAGCCGGGGCGUCAGGGGGCGGUGGCGGCCAUUUUGGAGCAGAGCUCAGGGCCGAUCGGCGCGCAGGGAGCGCGGAGGCAGCGCGGAGCCGCAGGGCCGCCUCUCCCCGCCAUGGCCGCCCAGUUGGGUACCGGCGCCCGCGCGGAGGACUCCGGGCAGGAGAAACAGGACUCGCAGGAAAAGGAAACCGUCAUCCCGGAGCGGGCCGAGGAGGCGAAGCUGAAGGCCAAAUACCCCAACCUGGGCCAGAAGCCCGGUGGCUCCGACUUUCUCAUGAAGAGGCUGCAGAAAGGGCAAAAAUACUUUGAUUCUGGUGACUACAACAUGGCCAAGGCAAAGAUGAAGAACAAACAGCUGCCGACUGCGGGGCCGGACAAGAACCUGGUGACAGGAGACCACAUCCCCAAACCUCAGGACCUCCCGCAGAGAAAAUCCUCACUCGUCGCCAGCAAACUGGCAGGGUAGCCCGCACUC